AGCCGGGAGCUGGAAACCAGAGCUGGCACUGAAAUCCAACUUUGGAAAUUUGAUGUAGAGAGAAUAUCUGAGCUGGCAUCAUAAACACUAAGUUAAAGUCCUACUGUCUCUUUUAAAAUAUUUUUUUCUCUGCCAUAAUUGCAUUGACUGUGUAUAGUGUUUUCCUGGAAAUUCUUCACUGUUCAAUCCCUUCAUAACUUCCCUGAUGGUUUCUUGUCUUUUUCCCUGAAUACUUCUACAUUCUUCUGAACAUUGCUCAUUCCAGAGUGACUUUUGUCCCCCUUUCAGCCUACUGUGCAAAUACCCUUGACAUAGUCUGGCCUUUGUGAACAGAAAUUCCUGUUUCCCUCCAGCUUGGGCAUUUUUCACAGCCUUUAUACCAUAGGUUUGAUCCCCUGCUGAAUGCUUCUGUGAGGCUGUCCAAAUGCUCAACCAAUCUAAAAUGAAAUGGCAUUCUUGCUUCUUCUUCCUCCAUACCCAUGUAGAAGAUAUACAACUGCCAUUGAUUGUUAUGUGACAGAGUUGACAUGUUGACCAGGAGUGUUUUAUCACAGGUGAUGAUAGCAUUUGAAGACCUGGCUGUGUUCUUUACUUGGGAGGAAUGGCAGAACAUGAACCAAGCUCAGAAAAUCCUGUACAGGGAUGUGAUGCUGGAGACCUACAGCAACCUGUUCUCCCUGGGGUACUGCAUGACCAAACCUGACUUGAUCUUCAAGUUGGAGCAAGGAGCAGAGCCCUGGAUGGGGGAAGAAUGCCUACAUCAGAGCCUUCCAGUUGCCAUGAAACUGGAUGAACUGAUUAAGACCAACCAGAAAAGUCUGGAGAAAAAUCUGAAUCAGGAUGUUAUGAAAAAUAAUAAGACAUUAACUUCCAAGGGAGUUGAAUUCAGAAAAACACUUAAUUUAAGUAUAAGCCAUAUGCCAAAACUGAGUAUCAAAAAGAGAAACUAUUCAGGAAUAAAACCUGAAGAAUGCAGUGUAUGUCACAAUGUGUAUCCCCAUUGUGGGCCUGAUCAACUACAAGCUGGAGAGAAAUUUGAUGCUACUACGGUACCUGGGAACACUCUCCAGUUCUGUGAGCCUCUUAAUCAACAGCACAAAAUUCAGACCAUGGAGCAGGCACUUGAACAAAUUGGACAAGGGAAAGUCUUCAAAAGGAAGAAUAUAUUCUAUGAAUCUGAGAAGCUUUUUAUGGUAGAAACCUGUAAUAAGCCAACUGCCACUAUUGGCAAGACAACUGAAAUACUACAAGAUUUCCAUAAAAAGUCUAACCUCAGUAUACAUCAACAAAGUCCCAAAAGAGAGAACGUUUAUAAGUAUAUUGGGCCUGUGGAACCUGUCAUUUACCAAUCACAUUUUAGAAUGAAUCAUAGACCAAAUAUAGAGAAGGAAUCCUAUGCAUGUAAAACUUGUGGGAAGUCAUUCAGUAAUAAAUUCUGCCAUCCCCUCCAUCACAGCACUCAUAUAGUGGAAAACCCUCAUGUGUGUAAUGAUUGUGGAGAAACCACUCACCAGAAGUCAGGUGUCAUUAGACAUCAGAGAAUUCACACAGGGUUGAAAUCUUAUAAAUGUAAUGACUUUGGGAAGUUCUUUGACCAGAAGAAACACCUCAUACAUCAUCAGAGAAUUCACACAGGGGAGAAGCCUUAUGAAUGCAAUGACUGUGGAAAAGCCUUUGGCCGGAAGUCACACCUCAUAAAUCAUCAGAGAAUUCACACAGGGGAUAAGCCUUAUGAAUGCAGUGACUGUGGAAAAGCCUUUGGCCGGAAGCCACACCUUAUAAAUCAGCAGAGAAUUCACACAGGGGAUAAGCCUUAUGAAUGCAAUGACUGUGGAAAAGCCUUUGGCCAGGAGUCACACCUCAUAAAUCAUCAGAGAAUUCACACAGGGGAUAAGCCUUAUGAAUGCAAUGACUGUGGAAAAGCCUUUGGCCAGAAGUCAAACCUCAGAAAGCAUCAGAGAAUUCAUACAGGUGAUAGGCCUUAUGAAUGCAGUGACUGCCAAAAAGCUUUUGGCCAGAAGUCAAACCUCAGAAAUCAUCAGAGAAUUCACACAGGGGAGAAACCUUAUGAAUGCAAUGACUGUGGAAAAACCUUUGGCCAGAAGUCAAACCUCAGAAAGCAUCAGAGAAUUCACACAGGGGAUAAGCCUUAUGAAUGUGGUGACUGCGGAAAAACCUUUGGCCACAAGUCACACCUCGUAAAUCAUCAGAGAAUUCACACAGGGGAGAAACCUUAUGAAUGCAAUGACUGUGGAAAAGCCUUUGGCCGGAAGUCAUACCUCAUAAAUCAUCAGAGAAUUCACACAGGGGAUAAGUGUUAUGAAUGCAAUGGCUGUGGGAAAACCUUUGCCCAGAAGCCACACCUCAUAAAUCAUCAGAGAAUUCACACAGGGGAUAAACCUUAUGAAUGCAAUGACUGUGGAAAAGCCUUUGCCCAGAAAUCAACACUCACAAAUCAGCAGAGAAGUCACACAGGGGAGAAACCUUAUGAAUGCAGUGACUGUGGAAAAACCUUUGGCCAGAAGUCAAACCUCAUAAAUCAUCAGAGAAUUCACACAGGGGAUAAGCCUUAUGAAUGCAGUGACUGCGGAAAAGCCUUUGGCCAGAAGUCAUCCCUCAUAAAUCAUCAGAGAAUUCACACAGGGGAGAAACCUUAUGAAUGCAAUGACUGUGGAAAUGCCUUUAGCCAGAAAUCAACACUCACAAAUCAUCAGAGAAUUCACACAGGGGAGAAGCCUUAUGAAUGCAAUGACUGUGGAAAAACCUUUGGCCAGAAGUCAAACCUCAUAAAUCAUCAGAGAAGUCACAGAGGGGAUAAGCCUUAUGAAUGCAAUGACUGUGGAAAAGCCUUUGGCCACAAGUCACACCUCAGAAAGCAUCAGAGAAUUCACACAGGGGAUAAGCCUUAUGAAUGCAAUGACUGUGGAAAAGCCUUUGGCCAGAAGUCACAACUCAAAAUGCAUCAGAGAAUUCACACCAUGGAAAAGCUUAUAAAUGAAAUGACUGUGGAAAAGCCUUUGGUCCCAUCCUUGCAUACCGAGGAUAAAUCCCACUUGGUCUGGGUGGAUGAUCUUUCUGAUGCAUUGUUAGAUUAAAUUGGCCAGAAUUUUGUUGCGGACCUUUGCAUGUAUGUUCAUCAGGGAAAUUGGUCUAUAAUUACUUUCUCUGUUGUAGUUUUUUCAGGUUUAGGAAUGAAGGUGAUGCUGGCUUCAUAGAAAGAAUUUGGGAGAAUCACCUCUCUCUCAAUUGUUUUGAAUAACUUGAGAAGAAUUGAAGUUAGUUCUUCUUUAAAUGUCUGUCAGAAUUCAACAGUGAAGCCAUCCAAUCCUGAGAUUUUCUUUGUGGCAAGGGUCUUUAUUACUGAUAUCAUUUCCAUCUGGUUGUGGGUGUGU